CAACAAGCUUCUUGGAGGAGCUUCAGAGGGCCUUUGGGGAUUCCAACGCAGAGCAAGUCGCUGCCGCCCGACUCAUGGCCCUUCGCCAGGGCAGACGGUCCUUCGCGGACUACAUCUCCGACUUCGAAAUGCUGGCUGCAGACGCGGGGUACAACGUGGUCACUUCCACCGACAGCAAGGGCGAGUACAAGAAGGGGGAACAGGACAACAUCCUCAUCGAGUUCCUGGAGCGCGGACUCAGCAGCGAAAUUGCAAGCC